ACUCCAAUCCAAUCCCUCCCCAAAAUCACACGCCUCGGCCCCGACCCAAAUCCCCCGCUUUUCUCCUCUCUGUCCGAUCGCCUCCUCUUCCUCCUCCAUCCGCCGCGGCCGCCGUAAACCCUAGCCAUCGCCACCACCACCGCCACCGCCACCGCCACGCUCGCGCUCCAGCUUGACCGCGGUGAGGGCGACGUCGCUCCCCGCCUCGACCCCGACCCCGCGCGUGCGGGGGAGAGAUAGGGACCCCCAAAACCCUAGCACCCCCCGUCGCCCAGAUCCCGAUCCCGCUUGUGGGGGGAAGGGGCCCCGCGCGCAGGGAUGGACGCCGCGGCGGCGCGCAAGGAGUGGCGCGCCGUCCCCGACGCCCCGCUCCGCUCCAAUGGCGCCGACGAUCCCGGGGAGCAUGGCAAGAUGGGGCAAUCCGAGGACAGAGCCAUGUACGAGGACGGGGGUGGAAGACUGGAUGAUUACUGCUCGAUCACCAUCGACGGAAGCGGGGGCCUCAGCGAGGACAUCAUCCAGCAGCGCCUGCAGAGCGUCGUGCAUCAGCGGGAGGAGCUUCAGCGGCUUGAGAUGGAGCUGCGAGCUCAGGUCAUCGCCCACCCGCAGAUCAUCGAGGCGCAGCGCAGCUUCGAGGCUGCUGCCAAGGAGCAUGUAACGGCCGCGGCAAAGCUGAAGGAACAACUGCAUGAACGGGAAAAGUACAUCCUUGAGCUCGAAAUGAAAUUGGAUGACAAGGACAGGGAACUGGAUGCUUUGAAGAUUGACCAUCAAACGGUGUGGGCAAAUCAAGAUCUUCUUAGAGAACAGACAAAAGAGCUUGCAACUUUUAGAAGGGAACGUGACAAUUCUGAAGCUGAAAGGGCACAGCAUCUUAAACAAAUCCAUGAUCUCCAAGAACAUCUGCGAGAAAAGGAAAGCCAAAUGCUUGCAUUAGAGGAACAGCAUAGGGCUGCUCAAGAUAACAUUAUUUACAAAGAUGAACAAUUGAGGGAAGCUCAUGCUUGGAUGGCACGAGUUCAAGAAAUGGAUACUUUACAGUCUCAGACAAUGCAAGCUGAGUUACGUGAUCGUACUGAGCAAUUCAAUCAAUAUUGGAUUAGUUUCCAACAACAGUAUGUUGAGAUGCAAAGGGGUUUUCUGCAUACCAUACAACAACUUCAGCUAGAACUAAAUGAAUUAAGAGACCGAACUGGAGCACCAAAAGAUGGUUCACAAACUGCACAGGAGAGUUCGGCCGAGUCAACACUUGGUCAGAACAAAGGGAACAACAUGGCUGCAAAUGGUAGUGGAACAACAGAUAGUAGUCAGUCAGUGAAAAGUAAUGGAGUUCCAGAUUGUUCCACAAAGGGAAACAGUAAUGCCUCUCCUGUACCUGUUGUUCCUUCAUCACUGUUGGGUAUAGGUGGUUUUGUUCCUUCUGCGCAGAUUGCCGGGAUGCAUUCUUAUAUGAUGCAUCCUCAAGGUGUUCCUCCAUCUUUAGCAUCGCCUAACUCCGCUGUUCCUCAGUUUGGUAGUUUCCAGUCACAGUCGACAAUUCAACCAAACAUGCAGUGGCCCAAUCAACAGGAAGCUCAGAAUGCCUCUCAGACACCAGAUGAAACAAACUAUCACACAUCCCCACCAGAUCAGAAGGCAUUGCAACAAGCUGCUGGUAAUAAUGAUGAGCUUUCUUUGAAGCAGAAUCAGGCAACCCGUGCAGAACAUCUUACAGCUACAGCCCAUGGGAAACAACAGCAACAACAACGUUUCCCAAGUGUGGUUUCUGAAUCCACUCAUGAACAAAAGUUACAGGUUGUGGAAUCCAAUGUAACUGAACAUUUAGUUUACAAUGAGCAACAAAAGGCCCAGGAUUCAUCUUCAAUUGUCAGCCCUAUUCGAAAAUUUGAACAUCAAGAGCAAACAAAUGAAUUCAAGGAUGAAAAAGUUGCAUCGGGCAACCAGUCGGAGGAGCAGGUAGCUAGGCAUCAGCAUAAAGCUUCAGAUUUUGAUGCAUCAACUACUCAAAUCCACUUGAAAGGUGGUGCAGCAGAGUUCACUGCUAACGUUGGGAAUCAGACUGACACGCAUACUUCUGCUGGUGGUGGUUUGGGUUCACUCUUACCUCGCAUACCAAAGGAGCCUUCCCUUCUAGAUGAGAGAUCCCUUCUGGCUUGCAUUGUACGUGCAGUUCCUGCUGGACCUGAUGGCCGAAUCAAGAUUAGCACAACUCUACCAAAUAGGCUUGGCAAAAUGUUGGCUCCUCUUCAUUGGCAUGACUAUAAGAAGCACUAUGGGAAGCUAGAUGAUUUUGUGGCUAGCCAUCCAGAGCUCUUUGUGAUUGAAGGAGACUUCAUUCACCUUCGGGAAGGAGCACAGCAGAUCAUUUCAGCUACUACAGCUGCCGCCAAAAUUGCCGCUGUUGCAUCUUCGGCUCCUUACUCAUUGUUACCUUCAGUUGCUGUCACUCCCGUGGCACAAAGCACUAGGCAAAAGAGAGGACCUGUUGUUGAUUCCAGAUCUUCAAAUGUAAUGCCAUCUAGAAAUGGGUCUACCACUGCUAGCUUUGGAGAUCAGUUUGACAAGGGUGGACAUAUCCCAAAACCCAACGAUAGUGUUGGUUAUAACAUUGUUCAGGGGAUUGGUGAUGUAACAAUUGCAAGUAAAGUAAAAGACAUCCAGGAGAAUGGCUUUUCAGAUGAAGUUCGACCUGGGCAGUCAUCCAUGCAUGCUGUUUCUGCAAAUGGAGUCAGACAGGAACGAUCUGGCCUUCCUGCAGGUAAUACCAGGCAUGGUUAUGGUGGGAAGCAACAGGGAAGGUCUACGGGGCCUGCAUACAUUUCCAGAAGAUGAGCAAGUGGCUUGUCGUUCGGUCCAGUUGGUUUGAAGGGCAGUGAGCAAAUCAUGUGAAGCUAUGUUUUGGUUUAAGGUUUAAAAGGGUUGAAGUCGAAGAUGACCAGAAUGAAUUGUUGUGAAUUUAAUUCCGCACCAAUUGCUUUUCGCAGCGCCUGUAUUGGGCCAUGUUUUGGCAAGUUGUACUGAAACUAGUUCCCGAUCAGAAAAUACUGAGGAAGUUUUGCAACCAUUGUAACUUGUCUAUGCCUGCGUGCCGUGGCGUGGGGCACCCGAAUGAUAGCAUCUGUGCCCUUCCAUGGUGUUACGCCACAUUUUAAACUGUUGAAUUUUAGCCAGCAUC